UGUCCUCCGUGGCCAGUCCCCUGUCUCCAGGCAAAGCCCACCUAGUCCGCUGAGCAGCGCCCCCUAGGCUCCCAGGAUUACUGUGCACAAGCGUACACCCGCCUUCCUGAGCCCAGCUGUAAUUUUAGCUCUAGGGAAUCCUUCCUGAGCCUCCGUCUUUCACAAAUAGCCCCUGGGAGCGGCAGGCCCCGCCCCUCCAACCACACCAUGGGGGAGCCGGUUGAAAAGCUGCCAGAGGAAGUGUUGGCGCUCAUCUUCCGUGACUUGCCUCUCAGGGACCGUGCUGUAGCUGCCAGAGUCUGCAGGGCCUGGGCUGCGGCUGCCUCCAACAGUGCAGUAUGGUCUGAUACAAGUAUCAGUUGUGACUGUGAGCUGGAAGACAUGUUGCCACCGUAUCUGUGGGCCUGCCUGGACUACAUUCACAACCUAAGGCUGGAAUAUGAACCUUCAAAGAAGGCCAGUCGCGGAACGGCCACCGAGUUGCUGACUGCUCUGGCCAGCCAAGCUUGCCCAAGGCUUCGAGGCCUGCGCUUGGAAUGCCGCGGAGAGAAGCCACUUUUUGAUGCGGGCCGCAACAUUCUGGGCGCUGUGCACGCAGUCUGCGGAGCUGCUCACCAGCUGCGCCACCUCGACCUGCGCCGCUUGCCCUACACGCUGGACGACACUCUGGUACUUAAGGCUGCUGGUGGCUGUCCCGAGCUCCGCAGUCUUUUCCUGGACAACCAUGCACUGGUGAACAGCGUGCAGCCCACCUCUGUGCUCAAGCUGUUGGAGGCCUGUCCUCACCUGCGCGCCCUUGGACUGCAUCUUGCUAGUAUGUCCCGCGCCGCGCUAGAAUUGCUAGCCGCUCCGCAUCGCGCCCCUUUUGCACUUCUAGCACUGAGGUGCGCGUGCCCCGAUGAUGCUCGUGCUUCCCCUCUGCCUGACGAAGCCUGGGCGACGCUGAGAUACCGCCAUCCUGGGCUGGAGGUGGAGCUGGAGCUGGAGCCUGUGCUUCCAGAUGAGGCCGUGACGCGCAUCCUGCAACCAGCAAUACCAGUGGCUGCGCUGCGUCUCAACCUCUCGGGUGACACAGUAGGACCGGUGCGCUUCGCAGCGCACCACUACGCCGAAACUUUGCGCGCCCUCGAGGUGCGCGCGUCCGCUUCCACCGAGCUGCACACCGCGCUGGAGGAGCUGGCGGCGCGCUGCGCGGGCUUGAGAGAGAUACACUGCUUCUGCGUGGUGAGACCCUCGGUACUGGACGCCUUCCGCGCGCACUGUCCGCGCCUGCGCAGCUAUACGCUCAAACUGAAGCGUGAGCCGCAUCCCUGGCGGCCCACUCUGGUGCGGUGAUUGGGCAAUCUCGCACCUCUAGGACAGCGCGAACCCGAAGCCUAGGGAAGGCCUAAGCAAGUUGCGCAGGCUCGCCCCAGAUGCUAGCCUCUUCUUUAGGGGCUCCGUUGACCAUAGCGCUUCUUGGGAAUUGGGGUCUAUGAAAGCAUCCAGAACAAAAAUCCCAGGCACCAUAUAUUCACGAGCCCUCUCAACCUCUCUGUCUCUGUCCAUUCUGGGCUCUCCCUCCCCUCUGUGCUCUCGCAUUAGCUCUGAGCCCCAGAGCUGGGGGGGGGGGAGGGUAGGCACAAGUAGGAGCCAAGAGUCAAGGGUGAGUGUAAAGUAAAUAAAUCCUUUAAUAUUCCUGC